GAUAAAAUACAAUAUUAUAAUUUACUCGGGCUAAAAAAGUAUCAAAUAUUAAACAAUUCAGUUUCAAUGGGAUCAUCCUUCCUUAAAGUCAUCUUCAUUAUUUUCUAUAUAACAAGCCAAGCACAUUUUAUAUCAAUUUCAACUCAAGUAGCUUCGGAAGCUGUUGCCGGAGCACCCUCCACGGCGAAUGAAGCAAUAGUACCAUCACCAUUUAGAAAGUUAUUAUCGGCAUUGUGCAGACACUACGACAAAAGUGGAAAGCUACAUGCGUAUCCCUGCGGCCAAGCUUCAACUGCUACGUAUAAAGAAGUCUCUAAAGGUGCCUCAGGAGGAAAAGCCUCAGGAAAAGAAGCUUUAGCAGGUCCUUUGCGUAAGGACGUUUCAGGAUCAAGAGAAGCAGGUAGACUUUGGGGAAAAUCUACAUCAGGGCAUCAUCAAAUAUCAAAGCUAAGUGAAGAACCAAAGAUAACAUCAAGCCUUAUAUCUACAAAUGCAGCACCCAACAACUUUAAACCAAUUUCUGAUUUUACUUUAACCCAUGCAUGAUGCGUCACCUCCAACCAAUCAUUCAAUAAAUGGUGUUACUGAAACUUCUAGAAACUCAAAUUUUUAAGAAAUAAAUCAAGUGAAACUUCUAUGUUUUCCAGUCAUACAAG